AGUCUGCACGCGGACUACGCCUCCCGGCGAGCAGGGCGCGCACCCGGGCCCCACGCACCCCUGUGACUGCUGGGAAACCGAGUCCGUUCUUCCUCCCGCCGGCCUUCAGGACGCCUAGUCGGUCCUUCAGAUCCCGGCAAUCUCGGCGGCAGGUUGGCUCCGCCCCUUCUCUCCUCUACUUGUGAGCUCCGCCCCAUUCCGCCCCGCCCCGCGCCGGGGCCGGAGCCGCAGCCCGAGCGGCGGGGUUACCAUGGAGGAAGAAGAUGAGUCUCGAGGGAAGACAGAGGAGUCGGGCGAGGACCGGGGAGAUAGUCCCCCUGACAGAGACCCCACCCUUUCUCCUUCUGCCUUUAUCCUGCGGGCCAUUCAGCAGGCUAUGGGAAGCUCCCUGCAGGGGGACCUGUCCAGUGAUAAAGAUGGUACUCGGUGUCAUGGCAUUCGAUGGAGGCGCUGUCGAAGCCCACGGUCAGAGUCCCGUCCCCAAGAGUCAGGAGGUGCCGACACCGCCACUGUGUUGGACACAGCUGCAGACAGCUUCCUUGCAGGGCUCGUGAGCAUUUUGGACCCCCCAGACACCUGGGUUCCCAGCCGCUUGGACCUACGGCCUGGAGAAAGUGAGGACAUGCUGGAGCUGGUGGCUGAGGUCCGAAUUGGUGACAGGGACCCCAUGCCUCUUCCUGUGCCCAGCCUGCUGCCCCGCCUCAGGGCCUGGAGAACAGGCAAAACGGUUUCGCCACAGUCCCACUCCUCUCGGCCCACCUGUGCCCGCCAUCUCCUCACCUUGGGCACAGGGGAUGGGGGUCCCGCCCCACCACCUGCCCCUUCCUCUGCUUCCUCCUCACCUUCCCCUUCCCCUUCUUCAUCUUCCCCUUCCCCUCCUCCACCCCCUCCACCCCCAGCCCCCCCAGCCCCUCCUGCCCCGCGAUUUGACAUCUAUGACCCCUUCCACCCCACUGAUGAGGCCUACUCACCACCACCUGCCCCAGAGCAAAAGUAUGACCCCUUUGAGCCCACGGGCUCCAACCCCAGUUCAUCAGCCGGGACCCCCUCACCUGAGGAGGAAGAGGAGGAGGAAGAGGAAGAGGAGGAAGGCCUGUCACAGAGCAUCAGCCGCAUCUCGGAGACCCUGGCUGGCAUCUAUGAUGACAACAGCCUAAGCCAGGACUUCCCAGGUGAUGAUAGCCCCCGCCCAGAGCCCCAGCAGCCGCCAGUGGUUCCUGGGACGCCGCCACAGGCUGACUCGACCCGGGCUGAUGGAGCCCCGCGCCGCCGGGUCUUCGUGGUGGGGCCUGAGGUGGAGGCCUGUCGGGAAGGCAAGGUGUCGGUGGAGGUGGUAACAGCUGGUGGGGCCGCACUUCCGCCACCACUGCUGCCCCCAGCGGACUCGGAGAUUGAGGAGGGUGAAAUAGUGCAACCUGAAGAGGAGCCCCGGGCGUCCCUAUCGCUGUUCCGCGCCGCUGGUGGGCGCGCACCCCGGCCUCCACCUCCCACUGCCACGACCCCCUCUGCGCCCCCACCACCUCCUGCACCUGCUCCACGAGCUCCUGAGGGGGACGACUUCCUGUCGCUGCAUGCAGAGUCCGAUGGUGAGGGUGCUCUGCAGGUGGACCUUGGGGACCCGGCACCCGCACCCCCUACCGCAGAUGCACGCUGGGGCGGCCUGGACCUGCGCCGCAAAAUCCUCACCCAGCGGCGUGAGCGCUACCGCCAGCGCUCUCAGUCACCUGCGGCCCCGCCGCCAGCACGCAAGAAGGCCCGGCGUGAGCGCCAGCGCAGCGGGGAAGCCCGGGAGCCUGCUGCGCCGGACCCGCCGCCCACUGCCCCCGCGCCCGCCACCUGGGACUCUAAGAAGCACCGCUCACGGGACCGUAAGCCUGGCUCCCACUCCGCUGCCCGCCGCCGCUCACGCUCUCGCUCCACCCGCCGCCGCUCGCGCAGCCCAGAGCGGCGCCGUGGGGGCAGCCGCAGGUCCCGAUCCCGCGAGAAGCGGAGGCGGAGGCGGCGCUCUGCCUCACCGCCUCCUGCCACAUCCUCAUCCUCAUCCUCCAGGAGGGAGCGGCACCGCGGCAAGCAUCGUGAUGGCGGCAAGAAAAAGAAGAAGCGCUCGCGCUCCCGGGGCGAGAAACGGGCUGCAGAUGGGGGUGAGAAGCCACCUGCACCUGUCCUGCCGCCCUCCAGUUCCGUCUCAGGUGACCGUGACAGCCGGCGCCGUGGGGCUGUCCCACCCUCCAUCCAGGACCUCACGGACCAUGACUUGUUUGCUAUCAAGCGGACCAUCACAGUGGGCCGGCUGGACAAGGUUGAUUCCCGUGCGCCCUCACCUCCAGCCGCAUCCCCCAAGCGCGAGGUCCUCUAUGACUCUGAGGGCCUAAGUGCGGACGAGCGGGGUGGCAAGAGCAGCGAGAAGGACCGGCGGCGCUCAGGGGCUGCCGCCUCGUCCUCACGUGAGAAGGGAUCUCGUCGGAAAACUAUGGAUGGGGGGGAUCGGGACAGGGACAGAGAUAGGGACAGGGACAGGUCAUCCAAGAAGGCGCGGCCACCCAAGGACUCAGCAUCUUGCUCAGGGCCCUCAGCCAAGCCACCGGUCAGCAGUGGCUCGGGCUCAUCUUCAUCAUCUUCGUCCUGCUCCUCCCGGAAGGUGAAGCUGCAGUCUAAGGUGGCUGUGCUCAUACGGGAGGGUGUCAGCAGCACCACACCCGCCAAGGAUGCUGCCUCUGCCAGCUUGGGCUCUAUUGGGGUCAAAUUCAGCCGUGACCGAGAGAGCCGCUCCCCUUUCCUGAAGCCAGAUGAGCGGGCUCCUGCGGAGGUGGCUAAGGCGGCCCCAGGCAGCACCAAGCCCAAAAAGACCAAGGUCAAGACCAAGGCUGGGGCCAAGAAAGCUAAGGGGACCAAGGGAAAGACCAAGCCAUCAAAGACCAGGAAGAAAGUCCGCAGUGGAGGCAGCGGUGUGGCCAGCGGCUCUGGGUCCUUAAAGAAGUCCAAGGCUGACAGCUGCAGCCAGGCUGCCAGUGCUAAGGGAGUAGAGGAGACAUCAUGGUCCGGGGAGGAAAGGGCUGCCAAGGCCCCCAGCACCCCACCACCCAAGACAGCCCCACCACCGCCAGCCCUCACUCCAGACUCUCAGACUGUGGACAGCAGCUGCAAGACCCCGGAAGUUUCCUUUCUGCCUGAGGAAGCUAGUGAGGAGGCUGGGGUACAUGGCGGAGCAGAGGAGGAGGAAGAAGAGGAAGAGGAGGAAGAGGAAGAGGAAGAGGAGCAGCAGCCUGCCACCACCACAGCCACCAGCACAGCUGCAGCAGCCCCGAGCACUGUCCCCAGUGCAGGGUCAACCGCUGGAGACUCUGGCGCAGAGGAUGGCCCAGCAGCACGGGUCUCUCAGCUGCCCACGCUGCCCCCACCCAUGCCAUGGAACCUGCCUGCCGGUGUGGAUUGCACUACCAGCGGUGUCCUGGCCUUGACUGCACUCCUCUUCAAGAUGGAAGAAGCCAACUUGGCCAGCAGAGCGAAGGCCCAGGAGCUGAUCCAGGCCACCAACCAGAUCCUCAGCCACCGGAAGCCACCCUCCAGUCUUGGAGUAACCCCAGCUCCUGUACCCACCUCCCUGGGUCUGCCUCCAGGUCCCUCUAGCUACCUGCUUCCUGGAAACCUCCCCUUGGGGGGCUGUGGCUCUACCCCUCCCACCCCCACUGGGCUGGCCACUGCAUCUGACAAGAGAGAGGGCAGCAGCAGCUCCGAGGGACGUGGGGACACAGACAAGUACCUGAAAAAGUUACACACCCAGGAACGGGCAGUGGAGGAGGUGAAGCUAGCCAUCAAGCCGUACUAUCAGAAGAAAGACAUCACCAAGGAAGAGUACAAGGACAUCCUAAGGAAGGCAGUCCACAAGAUCUGCCACAGCAAAAGUGGGGAGAUCAACCCCGUCAAGGUGAGCAACCUAGUACGGGCCUACGUCCAGCGCUACCGCUACUUCCGCAAGCACGGCCGCAAGCCUGGGGACCCCCCAGGACCCCCUCGGCCACCUAAGGAGCCAGGACCCCCAGACAAGGGUGGUCCGGGUCUGCCUUUGCCUCCCCUCUGAGACUCCUGCUUCCCCAUGUCCCUUGCUUCUGAGAUUCUGGACAUAUUUAUGGCUCUACCUCCCCACUUCCCCUCUCCUUCAGUGGUAUGACAGGGGAAGGUUGCUGUGGAGAGGAGAGCCUCCCUGACCCUCUCCACCCAUUUCUCUGGCCCCCAAAUCUGUCCCUUCUGUCCCACCCCCCUGUUCAUGCCCCUCCUGAUUUCAUUAAAGAUUUCAUGAGAUGUUAA